AUGGCUAGGAUAGGCGAGGGGCAGGGCUUUACCAGCAGUGUAUUUAAAAAGGCCAUCUACGCCAUCAGAGGGAAUAAUCACCAGACAAAAGGAAUGGCAUGUGCGGUUGCUAUUGAAGGACAAAACGAAGGCUCUGUUCUGUUAGUCACUGACACUUGGAAAGGCCCAGAACCAAUCAUGCAAUGUCGAUUGCUCCGCUAUUCACGCAAACACUUCGAAGACUACCAACUCAAACCUUCAAGAAUCACACAGCGUGGACACUUUUCCUCAGUUCUGUGUGAUCGGAAAGACAGCGGCUUUAACAUAAAGAGUCUCCAUAAAAAGUGUUUGAAUGUUCAGCAACUCAAGAGAGACUUCCGGGUUUACACGAUUUAUCGAGGUAAAUGUAUAGACCUGGAAUUAAAAUACAGCAAUGGUAGUUACAAUCUUGUUGACAAAAAUUUAUCUGAUCUCACAUUACGCGGAUCCCCUAUCAUUGACGAGGAUAACUCGGAAAAAUAUCUUGUGGGAGUUUUGACGAUAAACAUUGAGGGCAAAGCUGUUCCUUGUUUCCUGUCUAAUGGAAUAUUAGGUGAGUAAUGUUAAUAAUGAAGAUUGAUAUUUCAUAUUUUACUUGCUUAAAUGCAACCCUCAAAUAAACGCUGGUACAUGGUCUGAAUUAAACGCCGAGAUCGACUGUACAGCGCCACAAAAUCGCUUCAAAACAGCUGUAUAGCUAAAUAACAGCUGUUACCAGCACUUUAGAAGCCAAACAGCAGCUUAAUUCAAGUUGCAGGGGGAUGCAAAAGCGCUGUGCUGCCUUUGAAACUCUCGGCAGCAGUUUUGCAGCGCAGUUGCCGACCGUCAGAUGCUACGAAGUAGCUGCAGUAAGGCUACAAAAUCAGCUGCGGUAGAUCUGAUAGGCCACAACUUUCUUGAGCGCCAGUGACAUGAAUCGCCAGAAAACUUUGACUGUACCUUUAAGAAAUGUGAGUAAGCUUGUGCGCUGGGAAGAUCACUUAUUAAAUAAACCUCCAAAUUCUAUGCUUUCGGAAUAAUGAUUUCAAUAAAUUUCAUAAAAUUUUCAUUCCGUGACUGGCGAGUUUGGGAAUGUUAUGAGCGUCAGAUUUCACGUGUAGUUUCAUGUGACUUUUGAUGACCUUUGUUAUAAACAAACCACAUGUAACCCAGGCUCACUGUUUGUGUCACGUGCGGGUUUCAUGACAUGAGUAAAUAUAGAGAACAUAUGGGGCGAAGUUUAGGUCUAGAAAUUUGCUAGAAAAUGGAAAUAAAAAUCGAUGAAACUUACCAUGAGGCGAGUUUUUGUUGUCCUUAAUAUUCACACGAAGUUUCGAGAAAAAUAGUCUGUCUCAUCUUUCCUAGAUAGUUUUGUGGCAUAUCGUGUGCAUAUUAAGGACAACAAAAACAUGGUAAGCUUCAUCGGUUCGCGUUAAUUACAUAGGGACUUUAAGAUCCAACGACGCGACGGCGACAAGAACGUCGCUUAAAAAUUGAAUUUGCGUUCUUUCGGUCUCUAUAGUGAUUAUUCCUACCCACUUACUUUGUCGAUUGUAGGCGAACCCUCCUGAAGCUGAAUUUCAAGAGACCAUAUUCAAGCUCAGAAAGAGAAAUAAAAUUUCGUCGUUGCUUGUUUACGUCCUCCAUAAAACGGGAAAUUAGGCAUUUUCACGUCGUAGUCGUGCAAAAACGGGAAAGAAAUGUACAAAAAAUUGUGAUGCACGUGCGAAGUUGUUGUUUUGCUAAUUAAACCUAUUGUUUUUUUUGACGUUCUUGUUGUCGUCCGCGUCGUUGGAUCUUAAAGUCCCUAAUGUUAUUUCCCUUUCGCUGUUUGAAACUCGAAAAGUUUAAGGUUCAAUAUAUAGAUUUAACCAGAGCUAAGAGCGAGGCUCCCAUUAAUAAAUUUAUAAUUUAAAUCAAACAGUAAACCUGUAUUCCACAAUUCAGUUAACUUUAGAGCACAUUCAUGUUACUUUUAAGGGAAAGGCUAAGUGAUUUUCGAGAAAAAAAAAAUAAUUUGCAAACAGCCCAAGAGUGAACCAAAUAUUACAUCGAGCUAAUAGCCUCAUAUGUACACCCCAAAAAUAGCAAUCAUCUUGGAUCACAUUUAAGAGCCAUAAUGGCUCUUGAUCACUGUAGAAUAAUUAGGCCUGGAAAAAAAUUCGGGCCGAAUUUUUUGCGUUCGACAAGUUUACUUUACAAAAUCUUGCCAACAAAUCUGGGUGCGUGUAAAACAACCUUUUACAGGGGCACCCAACGAGGAUAUAGUUCAAAACCACUUAACAUAGCAUUGUUGAACGUAUUUUAGUAUUCAAACGGUAGAUAUAGGCAUAUUUUUAUCCCCUAAAAACUUUUCAUCUGUUCGGAUUUCCUAGCUGAAAAUCUAGUGAUCCGAAAAUUAUAGGGAUAAAAACUUACCUUCUCGAAAAUUUCAGCCAUGAAAAGGCUCCCGAAAAUUCUAGGUGGCCUUUUUUAGGGUCAAAAUCCGUUAAAAAUGAGUAAUUAUACCAUUUUGUAGAUGUUCGAAAAUCCUAGGGGAGGCAGGCAAGCAAGAAAUUUUGCAACCAAUUCUCCGAAAAUUCUAGAUCUCAAAUCGUCUUCCGAACAGAUAUUUUCCCGAAAAUUGCCGUUGGGUGCCCCUGCUUUUAUACCAUUUAUACAUCACAUCUGAGGUGAAACAGUACUAUGAGGUAUUGUUUUUAUCACACAGACCUCGGACAGAAUGCAGUAUUCAGAGUACGUAUUUCACAAUUUUGCAAUACAAGUUCCACUCAUUCAAUAUUCAGAACGAUCGAAGCAAGCGUUGGCUUUUAGCUAAGCCAUUAAAAAAUUGCCAAAAUCACCUAUACGGUCUGCCGGUUCUCACCUUUGCAGUGCGAGUUGUAGCGAGUAUUUGAACGAAAAUGAAUAGAGUUAAGCUCCAACAUAAUAAAGAAUUAAUUUUGUUUAUUUUUUAUUGAAAGGUUUUAUCGAUGUGUAAUCCUUAAAAGCAUUUGAUACGCGCGGCAUUUUGAGUACUCCUGCAAGCGAUGUUCACUGAAAGACUAAAAACAAACACCACAGCGAUUAAAAUUACAAGAGAGACUACCAACAAUCAAUAAAAGAAAUAUAAUUCGGUGAACAAAUACAGAGACAACAUUUUUCAUUCACAAAGACAAAUAUUAAAGUGUCUCUAAAAAUCCUGAGUCUUCAAGCUUAAAGCUUUUUAAGUGUUUAUGUUUUAAGCCGGCUUCCCGGUAUUUACUUUUUUCAAAGAUGAACUCUAGGCAAGAAAAUCGCUCAAAGCCUUCUUUUACAGCCAGAAUGAUAACUAAAUAUUCUUUGGAACGAUUUCUUUCUAUUUGCGGUGAGAAAAUGCCUAAAGGCUUUUUAAAGUUCUGUAAGCUUAUAUCAAACCUGAUACUCAGAUCACUGUCUCAAAUCUUACAAACGUGCAUAACUAAAUCACUAAAUAGCCGCGUAAACUACGCCCGACUUCAUUAAAUUAGAUAUAAAAAACAAACAUCAAAUACAAUGAUUACUCAGGCUUACCAUUCGAGAUGCAGCUCCUGAAAGGUAUCAAGUAAGGCCAGUAUCCCUUCAGACUUUUCAACCCUUGUGCAUCAAGCAAGGUGAAAAACGAAAACGAUGCCAUCCGAAAUCGGAUUUCCGACUUUGACAAGUGACGUAUUUCUCAACCAAAAACCAACUAGCCGUGAAUAACAGGAGACGUCAGAUAGCAGCUGAAUUUCAUUUCGUACAUCCAGAGGAAAAAGACAGUUAAAAACGGAUCUUACUAAUAUAAAACGGCGAAUGGGGAGGGGGGAGCAGGGAACGGGAAACGGAAGUCUGAGAACGAGUAGUCAGCGGUAACCUCCAUAAAAAUCCAAAAUGGCCGCCGACUCUCACCGAACUAUUUCCAAGAAUUCAAGCGGAUGCCGGCUCCUGAUUGGGCACAAAAAAUGCUUUGUACUAUUGUGCCCAAUCGGCGAACGUUUGGGAUGCUAUCAGCAGGAGCAAUUCAAUUUGCCCCGAGAACAUUUUGUUUUUGACCCAUCACACUGUAUCUUAAAUAAUAGGAAGGUAAAGAUGCGGCGCCGACGAGAAAGUCAAAUAAGCAAUAGCUUGACAAGGCAAAACAAUAACUUUGCACGUGCAUUACAUUUUUUUGUACAUUUCUUUGCCCUCAACUGCACGACUACCCGUGAAAAUGCCUAAUUUCAUGUUUUGUGAAGGAUGUAAACAAACAAUGACAAAAUUCAUUCUUUUUAUGUACUUGGAUAUGGUUGAUAGAAUUCAGCUCCAGAAGAGUUCGCUUGCAUGAUUGCAUUUGACAAAGUAAGCGAGUUGCAUAGAAACUGAAAAAAAGUGAAUUCCCCUUUCCAUGCGACGAUUUCGUGGUUGUCAGCCGUCGUGGUAUCUUUUAAAAAAUCCCUAAUAUUUGGGCAAGACGUGACCGAUGCAAGCGUAAAUACCUGUCUUAAGCUCAAGCUUGUAUUUAUGGAAAACCGUCUUUUGUUUUCGGGCAGACAGUAUUUUGAAAUCAGACGGGGAUUUUAUAUCAAACUGAAAGUUUCCUGACUGCGUGCAUUUCUUUGGUGCAUGAGCCAGACAAGCCUUGAUCGAAAAAAUAACCGUCGUGUACGAACUCACGAAAAGAACUUAGGAGAAACUGUUCGCCGAUUGGGCACAAUAAUACAAAGCAGUUUUUGUGCCCAAUCAGGAUCCGGCAUCCGCUUGAAGUUUUGGAAAUAGCUCGGUGAGAGUCGGUUCCCAGGGCCUCUUUCGCCAGUACUUGAAAACUUUCGUUCCGCCUUUUCUCCCGACCCGACUGACUGCCCCUGGGUCUCCGAAGAUGGUAAGAUCAAUGAUAGAGAAGCGUCGAAACAACACUUAAGGUCCUUAUUUUACUAAUGAACUAUCUGCUCAUGAGGUGCUUGAAAUAAUGCGGAGGUAAUAAUUUCAUGACAUUUUUCACCUUUUUGCGUUUUACUAAACAUCAAAAUAUGUAUGCUUCAACAGCAGUUGAAAGAAGCUACAGUCGGGACAAAAACUCUAAAAGCACAGCCAUAUUUGGAACUCAAGCGAAUCUAUACUGGGUCUAACUCACAAAGCAAUGAACUACUUUUGCUUGGCGUGUUUCGGAGGGUUUUGGCUUAAAUACAUGCUGAAAGAUAACGUAGAUCGAAGCAGUCAGGUGUAUUUCCUCGACAGUAAUAGUGUAGCAGUGGAGCUCCUUCCUAGCUGUAGCGUUUUUUCAAGCCCAAAUUAAAACAUGUUGGCGAUGAGAUAAAACUGUAAGUCUAAUGAUAUUAUAUUUACAAACCUAUGAUGAGAAGUAAGUGCAAAUUGUAUUAUUUGAAAAGAUAAGAUGGAUCAGGUUAUUCAAUACAUCAAUAAAAGGCAACUUCAAACGUAUUAAAGGGCAAGGUGCCAGGAAUAUCAACUAUACCUUGCUCUUAAAGAUGUCAGUUAUUUCAAAGCAAAAGGCUAUUCUGGUGUUUUUAUUUUAUUAUAACCUUGGUUUAAAUUUUGCUUCCCUUUGUUUGGGGGUACGGUAAUAUGAAUUUUAUGAUUAUGAGUUCAAAACAAAGAGAAUAAAAUUCAAACUUAGGAUAAAAGUGAACCACAACUGAGCUGCAAUUUUAAGUGUUGCAAGUAUACAUGGGGGAAGUACUUUGGUUGGAAGGUACUUUCUAAAGGCUUGCUGUUAAAAUAUGCAUAGGAAGUAUACUUCCUCUGUUUAGCCCUCGGGAUGCUUUUUUUUUUUUCAAGGGCGACUCCUUUUAAUGUUUUUUGCAGAAACAAAACAUUAUUUUUACUGUGGAGAAAAAUAUUUCAAGCUCAGUGUAAAACUGAAUGUGUCAGUGACUUAAACCAGUUAAUAUUGUCAAGCAGCUUUAUUAGCUUGAUUCAGUAAUAUUGCAGUGCACCUACCAUCAAGCGUCACAUCAUCAAUGUUGCAGAGGUUGGCAGCUUAUUAGAAGGUGGUUGAAAAGCCUUCAAGCAAGCUCUUUGUAGUUUUAGAAAUAAAGUCUAAGGUCUCACACAAGUGAUGAGAGGCAAAAGAUUGUAGUGCCAAUUGUUGGUUUUCACAUGACGUCACUAAAAUUCAAACUAGAAAACUAUUAUCCUACCGAAAUUUUACUUUUUCGAUGCAUUAGAGCAGCUGAAAACUAAUUUUCAUACAAAUUUUUGCUUCAAAAGGGUUCUUGGUUUUGUGAUAGAGUACGCUUGAAUUUCUAAGCUUUUGCGUGACGCGGCAUUUACAUGACAGCCAAGAGAGCUGUCAUGUAGGUUAAAAAAAUUACUUAUUUCAGGAAAUUUUGCUAUCUAAACAGUUCAUGUAUUAGAAAAAGUAUUACUUUAAUGUUUAUGAGUUUCUUGACGAAUAAAUUCACGCUUUUUGUUUCUGUUGGUUUCCGUCCGCCAUGUUGGAGCUCAUCCAGGUGAGUACCAGCAUGGCGUCUCCAUACAAAUCUCUAUAAGUUUGGGUAAAACAUUUCUUCGGAUAUCUCGAAUGCGAAAUAUUCCUCUGACCUGAAUCUUGGCGAGGGUCUUUGUAUACGUACCUCCUUUCAUUUCCCAGAUUAAGGACUUUAUCUAUUGGACGAUUUUCAUUUUUAUUUUGAUCUAUUUUGAAUGGUGUGACACUGAAAACCAGCAAUAUGUUUUUCAGUAAACGUGCGCAACUGUAUGUGUAUAGUGGCCACAUUACACUUACUCAAUGUUUCAUGUAAAAUAACACAACAGAUCUUGAUACCCAUUUUCACUGAUUUUAUUUCCCCUCCAGGGGGCAUAAUUUCUUUUAACACAUCAGGGUUUUCAAAAAAGGGGCAAAAACCUUUUAUAUGAAUUAAAAUUCAUUUAAUGAAGCACAGUAUCAAAGAAAUUAAAGAGAAGAAUCAGACUAGAGUAACAGUAAUCCAGAGGGAAGGGGGGGGUACUCCCCGAAGAGGCUUUCCCCAGGGACCAACCCCUUACCCUUUGUAUGUACCAUUUUAGACAGAAAAGGUACCCCUUUUGUUUACCCUCUAGUGACAAAUGGUACCUCUUUCGCAUACCUAAUUUUGAACGCUGCAUCCCUUUUUAACUGCUGUAAAUACACCAUCUUUACAAUAUGAAUAAAUCGCUAAUACAGGUUUUCUUGUCUCUCACAUCCAUAAAAUGCAUCUGUGACUGAUCUCAUUUGGUCCCUUUCAUAUACUUCAACUAUGAAAACCCCCUCCCUUUCAUGUACCUGAAGCCUGAAAAAGGUAUUCCUUUCGGGGGAAGCCUCUCUGUUUAGGCCAUUAUAGUACCCCCUCCUCCUGCACCGAGAACAGUGCUUGAUACAGUGAUGUUGUAUGGUAUGAAUUGCACCAAACGUUUCGUGCCCAUGAAGAGGUACUUUGAUUAUUUUACGACAAUUUUCAUUUUUCUUCAAAAGAAAGGGAGGAGAUUGGGGUCUCAUUCUUAGGGGGGGGGGUUAAUUGAGGAUCUGCAGUGAGUGAGAAUCUUGCAUUCAAUGCAAUCCAAUGGUUUUGAUUCAGGAAAGGGUGGUCAGGGGUAUUUGGUAGAAAGACAAAUGGCCACUGUACAACUUUGAAGUUCACUGAUUAGGGUGAGGAAAAUGAGUGAAUUAGGUUCCAUUAGGGUCAUUAUACUGGUCUAUACUGGGCAAACUGACCUGAAACAAGUUGUUAGACAAAAUAAUAAACUGAUAUUAUUUUAUUUUCAUUUAUCAGUGAAACACUUCUAUAUCGUGAAUGCUUGCAGUGUAGUAGACCUACUAAUAUUAAAACCAGAACCAGAUUUUUAAAGGAGUCUUACUAAUUAUGUGAUGACAUGGUCAAAAACAUUUUUCAAAGCAGUCAUCUCUAUCAAAGGAAAUAGGAGAAGUCUGCACGCAAGCUACCUGACUACGUCCAUGUAUGUUAUCUAUCAUGGAAAAGUAGUUCAUUGCUUUGUGGGCUAGACUCAGUAUAGAUUCGCUUGAGUUCCAAAUAUGGCUGUACAUGUGCUUUGGGAGUUUUUGUCCCGAUUGGCUUCUUUCAACUGCUGUUGGAGCACAUUUUGUUUCCUACGGAUAAUUGUUUAGUAAAACGCAAAAAGGUAGAAAAUGUCAUGAAGUUAUUACCUCCGUAUUAUUUCAAGCACCUCAUGAGCAUAUAAUUCAAGUAAAAUAGCGACGUUAUCGGUUAAGUUUGUUUCGACGGUUCUCUAUCAUCGAUCAUCGGCCAUAUUGGAUUUUUAUGGAGGUCACCGCAGACUACUCGUUCCCAGACUUCCGUUCCCCGCUCCCGGCUCCCCGUUCCCCGUUUUAGUAACAUGCAAAAAAACCAUCACAAGUUGACACAAAACUCUGUCAGCUUCAGCUGUCAAAGUAAACAAGAUUGAAGAUGCUGCAUAAAUUUUCCGCAUGAACUCACCUGUCAAAUUUUGACCAAUCAGAGCCAGAGCAUAAAAAUUGAAAGUAGAGCGUGACCAACGCGUGACCAUGGUGAGCAAAGUCAAAAGAAACUGUCUUUCCUGCCUGUAACAGCUGGCUGAAUUUUCGCGUCCGAGGUCAGUUUGAAAUCAAAAUAUUAAUUGUGUGGCACAUAAACACAAUAUAUUUUAUAUGAAUUUUUAAAAAAAUUAAACUUAAACGAGCUGUGCCACGGCAGUCCAGUUCGUUUUGUUUAAUUUUGCUGUUUACCCGCCCUCAAUCGCUCUGGAACUUAAAGUAAGCAAAGAAAUUACAGGUAAAUGACAAAAUCAGAGAUCCAAGACAAACAAAUAUGUCUCCUGAACAUUAUUUCUGAAGUUGCAAGCAGCAGGGAUCAACUUUGAAAAACUGUUAGGCUGAACAGUUUUCAAAAACCCUAAUUUCAAUCCGUUUCAAUCUUCUCAGUUUUACCCAUCCGUGGCAUCUGUUGUUUCUGUUAUGUUAAAGUUUUAAGCGGUUAUUUUUAUGUUUCUCUUAAUUUAACGGGCAUUUUGUAAUUUCUUAAUUUGGCUGAAUUUCGUGACACAGCUCCUUUAAGUCUGCGAUCAUUUGAAAACUAAAAACUUGUCAGCGGAUAACUUCUAAAAAAUAGUUGACUUCGUCAAGCCCCGCUAAAAAUCAGGGGCAGCCAUCGAGAAUAUAGUUCAAAACCACUUAAAAAUGGCAUUGUUGAACUUAUUUUAGUAUUUAAACUGUAGAUAUAGGCAUAUUUUUAUCCCCUAAAAAUUUUUCAUCUGUUCGGAUUUCCUCGCUGAAAGUCUAAUGAUCCGAAAAUUAUAGGGAUCAAAGCUUACCUUUUCGAAAAUUCCAGCCAGAAAAAAGGCUCCUGAAAAUUCUAGGUGACCUUUUUAGGGUAAAAAUCCGUUAAAAAAAGGCAAUCAUACCACUUUUUGGAUGUUCGAAAAUCCUAGGAGAGGUCACAAGCAAGAAAUUUUACAAAAAAUGUCCCGAAAAUUCUAGAUCUCAAAUCGUCUUCCGAACAGAUAUUUUUCGAAAAUUGACGUUGAGUGCCCUUGAAAAAUGUCUAAGCAGAAGAAUAAGAGUAAUUUUAAGGCCAAGAGCAUGGCAGAACUGAAGGAACGAUUAGUGCUUGUAGUGCAAAUUCCCGCCUCAAGGCAGGUAAAAUGGUUUUAACGAUGGAACUAAACCUCGGAAGAGAUAAAACUGGUGAUGUAGGCAAAUUUCACAAGGGCGAUCACAUGCUAUUGAUUUCGAAUCCAUUUUCGCUAAACACACCGUUUGGCCAUUUUAUAUUGUUGUUUGACAUUUUCCUUUUCAAUUGUAUUUUACGGCAAACAGGGACUCUUUUGAUGAUGGUAAUGUUGAUGGUAUUUACUAACUGAAUUUGAAUCAAGAGGCUGUUCACAUAUUUGUAGCAAAAAAGUGCAGGCUUUUGUGAACAUUUACUGGGUUUUUAUUUAAUAGUGUAGAGACAGAAGGAGACAGUGUACUAGAGGAUAUGCUUCAGCCAAGAUAAGCAUAAGGUUACUUAUAUUUAACCGUAUAAAAGGCGGUCGAGACGAAAAUGUAAGCACACUGCGGUAUCAUGAAUUAUAUAUGUAUCUGCACCAUUAGUUUAAUAUUUUCAGGUUUAGAUCCACCGUGCAACACCAUUCUUUCAACUGAAGAGGAGAUUUACACGCGCUUAUUGAAACUCCAUGUUCCGGCGAAUAUUUUUUCUGUUUUACGUACUACCACACUCAAGGCGGUUAAAGUCACUCCAGAUCUUCUGCUUUGACAUUUUGAACCUUAAACUAUUCGAUUUUCAAACAGCAAAAGGGAAGGAAAAUAUACAGGUUAACGAGAACUGGAAAUAGCGACUCUCGUAGUUCAUACAAGUACAGUGGAAACCUUAAGCAGCCAGGACGAGUUUGUGGACGACGACGAGAGAAGAUGAGUAAGGUCUGGGUCGAGAACGUCGUCCAAAGCGGGAAAAACAAAUGUUCAAGCAAGCUCCCGUCUCGGCUUGUCGCCGAAGUAGGUAGACUGCACUGAAUGCCUUCGUUUAAAGAAAUACGAGAGUUGCUUCUUUUUAGCGUUGAGAACAACACAAUUAACGAGGAAGAAUUUUUCCUACUCUCCGAAGGAUUUAAAUACAAAAUUUGCUACUGCUGCAGCCAGCCCUUUUACAGCUCUUUUGCAGCGCUUCUUGAAGCCAUUCUGCAGCGCUGCAACAGCGCUGCUUGUUUGGUUGGGAAAAAUUCUAAAUAACACCGUUCUUUAAUAAAUGCCACACCCUAUCAGAAGAAUGCAGCAUUUAUUGGACGAUUCAUUAACAAUUAUUCCUCGAACCCGAGUGGGCACUGAGUCAAUAGGGACCUUACGAUCCGACAACGGCGACGUCCAUGACAACGUCGCUGAAAAACAGACUUCGCAUCAUUUUAAACUUUUUCGCGAUUAUCCCAAUUCGCCCUGUUACUUAAAAGAAGGGGGUUUUGGAAAGAGCUGAAGAGAGGCGAACGCGCUCAAGUUCGGACAGAGAUGGUACAAUUUAUCGCCUUACCGUUCCCGUUCCCGAGUAAACUUAAAAUUAGGUCAUUUCGCAUCGCAGUUGUGCAGUGAAGGCAAAGAAAUGUACAAAAAAGCGUGAUGCACGUGCAGAGUUGUUGUUUUGCUCAUUUAACCUAUUGUUUUUUGACGUGCUCGUUGCCGUCGUCGUCGUGGUUUUGGUCCUUAAAAGCCCACGAGGCCGAAGGCCUAAUGGGCUAUUGACUCUGAGGCCAUGAGGGCAAGAGGAAUAAUUUUGACAGUUUUAGUAAAUCCAACUACAGGUAGUUGGUCAAAAAUAUCGAGACAAAACAACUUAAGCUAGCAACAUGCGAUUCAGCCGCCAUUGUUUUGGUUUUCAAGGUUGGCGCUUUUCUCUACUAGUGGGCUAUAACACCUAGCCUAGUAGUAGCUCAACCAAUCAGAGUGCAGUAUUGAUAAUAAACGACUAGUUGGAUUUUACUAAUAAUGGUUAUUGGACUGAGUGGAGUCCAAUUCAGUCUGAAAUAAUGUGAGUGAUUAACAAAAUUGGGCGAACGCGUCGCAGGAGUCCAUUUUGUUAAUCACUAGUAUGAUUUCAGAGUGAAUUGGAUGACACGAAGUUCUGUUACCAAUUAAUCGUAACUAUAACAAAAUUUGUGAUGUUUUAGGCUUUUUUCUGAUUAAAACACAAGAAAUUCUGAGAGGUUUUUUGCUAGCAGUGAAAAAAUCCAUUUACGUGUGCGCGAGUGAUGGCACAUACCGUCCAAUUACAUGACAUAUACUGUCCUAUUACACCGUCCUAUUAGUGCUGAAAUCAGGACAGUUGAUAGCCAAUCAGAUUUGAGAAUUUUGUUAUACAGAGUUAUGAUUAUUAGAAAAACUUGAUACAACUUACCGAGGAUAAUCUACACAAUCCAGAUUAUUAUGAUUCUAUCUCAGCACAAAAGGCAAGAGCAAGACGUAUACGAACAUAAAGCAUCUUUCUGCUUUACAUACAUAUAAUACAUGUCUUAUUUACAAAUGUUAAUCAUAAUUUCUGAAUUCAAAAUGAAAUGAAUUAAGGUCAUCAGAAAAGGUCGUCUGUAGUGUUUCAGGACACCAGAAGACACUAAGUCUAUCACACAGUUAGAAAAAAAGUCAACAUGGUUUCUUUACUCCAUCUUCACCGCUUAACUUACAAUUCCUGAAUGCCAGUACCCGGCACACCACAUCUCCAAUUUUAAAUUAAGUAGGGUAGCAAAAUGAAUGGAUAUAUUUCUCGAAAGGACAGAAUUUGUAAUCAUAGAUGGCAAACUCCUACCCAAAAUGACUUCUUAGAAAUUUCAUUGAAUAAACAGGUGAGUCAGACAGGUCUGUUCAUAGUAGAGCUGACUCCUUUGAUUCUAUUUUCUUGUGACCAUCUCUCAUUUGCUGAAUCAUUUACUCUAGUAUUGGCAAUUUGGGUUAUCGCUUAUGGGAGUCUAAACUGUAGUAUUUAGUAUAGUGUAUAGUGUAGUGAAGUAUUUAGAUUAUACGUAUCAAUUUUUCUUGAGACGACAAAUAUGUAUGAAUUAUCUGAUUUACAUGUACUUAGCAUCAAGAUUAUAUGAUAAACAGCUAUCCAACUUACUUAUCAUAUACCCUAUUUCCGGAAAAUGUGUACUUGUUUUGUUAAAAUGUGACAUUACUUCUUAUAGAACAGCCUGCAUUCACCACACAUCCUAAAAAUCCUGAGAUAUUCAGGGAAGGGGGAAGUAUAACCUUUUCAAGUGAUGCAAAUGGCAUUCCUGAACCAACAUUUUCUUGGACCAAAGACGGGUCUGAGGUAACUGCCGACGAUAGAAUCAGUUUAUCAGCAGAUAACAAACAACUGAGUCUUACAAAUGUGAAUAGGACAGACAGUGGAGAAUACAGAUGUGUGGCUACCAACAGUGUGAGGACAGUUUACUCAGAUGCUGCUACAUUAACAGUGCAUUGUAAGAAAACUUUUACUCACUUUUUACUUGAACCCAAUUGAAAAAUCCUAUAGCGCUAAGUAACAUUCUUUUACAUUCCUUCCACUGCUCCUAUCCUGGAUUAUCUCAGUCACUUCACAUGAGCACUGAAUUUCAAAAAAAGGGCUUGUCAGGUGCUCCUCGAACUUGAUUACCUUUCAGUAUUCUUUUAUUCAGAAUCGAAAAAGUUGUACAAUGCUAGAAAACACAAUUAUUUUGUAUUUGUGGUUUUUUUUUGCUUAUCAAAGGAGCCCUGCUUAUUUCUAUAUUCAUAUUAAUAUCUUGAUAUGAGAAGUGUCUACAUAUGUAACUCAAGUAAACUCAGUUUCUUGUACAUGGUCUUGGACUGUCCAGAGUACUGCUAAGGUAAACACUGAUGCUGUCAAUCAAUACAUUGACUGUGAUUAUAGAGUAUCUCAGUAUCACGUUUACCUCUAAAAGACUUAUUUUCUUUUGUCAACACAUAUAGCAGUCUGUUAGCUAAGUUUUGUUUUGCCAGUGUGUCUUAAGAUCAUUGAAGUACAUCCUUAACUUCAUUCCCAGUGUUCUCCCUAAAUUUUAGCUUAGCAGGUAAUGGACCAAUCCUGGCCGGUUAGGCAAAAAGUAUGCGCCAGAGGCGCAAUUUCCUGCGAGAGGAAGGGGGGGUUAGUGGAGUGAGGAACAUUGACCCCCCUUGCUGGAAAAUUUAGGAGCUUAGUUCUCUGAAACGUCAUUCCCUUAUUUUAAGACCUACAUUUACUUAAUGCGAAUCAAACUGUUGUAAUAUUUAGACAACAUUUUAAAACGUUUGAUUCCAAUAGUUUUACCAGUGCCUUGAAUGUUCUCUUUCUAAAAACAAAGGCUGCGGUAUACUUUAUUACUUUUCAAUAUCCUGGUAUUCAUUCAUUCCUUGUGAGAAUCGGAUCGGAUCACAACUUGCUUUAUUUUUUAAAACAACUAAUUUGAAGUGAUUAAACUUCCAAGCAGUUUUAGGCGGUAAGAAGUGUUGCUUUAAGCUGUAAAAUUUACCGGUUACUAACUGAUAAGGAGAACACUUCAGUCCUUAGUUAUUUUGUAAGUAGAUAUUAAACUGAAAAUGUACUUCACUCUCUUAGGAGGGUGCAUUUAUUUAUUAAUUUCUUAUCACAGAUCAGCCUGAAUUUACAGCACACCCACAGAGUCAGACACUGGUGCAAGGAUCAAGUGUAGCCCUUUCAAGUGAUGCAAAUGGUGUUCCUGAACCAACAUUUUCUUGGACCAAAGAUGGAUCUGCUGUAACUGCCGACAAUAGAAUCAGUUUAUCAGCAGAUAACAAAAACCUGAGUAUUACAAAUGUUAAUAGUACAGACAGUGGAGAAUAUAGAUGUGUGGCUGCCAACAGUGUGGGCACAGUUAAGUCCAAUGCUGCUAUGUUAACAGUACAUUGUAAGAAAACAUUUACUAACUUUUUACUUAAACCCAAUUGUGCAAUCCUGUAGCACUAAAUAACCAUCGUUUUACACACCCUCCACUGCUACUUUCCUUGAUUAUCGUGUGGCACGAAAUUUUUGCGGGUCCUGAUUUUUACGAUUUUUCCAGCGAUCCGCAAAAAUAAGUUCCCGCAAAUAACAAUUACCUCAAACACUUUUCCCGCAAAAAUUUACUCCGGAGUAAAUUUUCUCUAACUUAAAUUCGCUACACAAAAAUAUAGUACUAAGAAAUUGUGUCUGUUAAAUUACAUAGGGUACGAAUAGCGUAGUAUUGUUUAGAAAUAAUAUUUCUUUUCCACGUACUUAACAAAAACGAAAAUAUUAUCAAUGCUGGGCACUGGGUACUUUCUGAAAAUCGCAAAAAUUAAAUUCCCAGCAAGAAAAAACCAGUCUGUGUUAGUCGCAAAAAUUAGUUCCCGCAAAACACAAAAAAUGGCCAAUCUGCCAAAAUAAACUCCCACAUAAAUUUCGUGCCACACGGUAUCUCAGUCACUCCAUAUGAGCACAGCCGAUCUUCCGUAACAUAGAGGAAAGAAAAAAGGGCCUCUACUUUGAUUACCUUUCGCUUUUCUUUUAUACAAAAUCAAAAAAGUUGUGCAAUGCUAUAAAACACAUUUUUUUUAUGUUUUUUGCUAAGGGGCAAACUGCAGUGUUGGUUACACAUGUUGGUUAGUAAUUUUAACCCCGGCCAAACCCAGUUUUUGUGGUCUUGGAGUAAUGUCCAGACCACUACACCUUUUGCUGUUUAUUAAGACAAAAUAGGCAGUCAUUUGCGUGAAAGGGUGACCAAUAGCGCGCAGAUACAUUCAUUAACGCGAAAAACCGAACAUUUGCACAUAAAUGACAUUCAAUUACGAUUUUUGCACUUUAAUCAACAUUCACUAACAUUUUGGGACAUUCGUAUGUGUCAUUCGGCACACAAAAGAGAAAGAUAUACUUUCAUUAAGGCCAACAUCCAAGUCAUUUACACCAUCUUGAAAGUCUAUAUAGGGACAUAAGACAACCAUUAAAGUGCAAACACUACUCAUUAACAUUUUUAUUUCACUGUUUGCAAUUCAAUAGCAUUCCUGGACGGCCUUAUGACGGUUAAGACAAACAUUAAUGCGCUUGAACAAUCAAUUGAGCAAUUGAACAAUCAAUUCAAUCGAUUUUCAAUUAAAAAAUAGAAAUUCAAAAAAAAUUGGCCAGAAUUUUUACGCUACCUGGUUUAAAGAACCACGACGUACUGUGCCCCUCUGUGUUUGGCCUAGACUGCGGCUAUACAUUUACGAUUUGGACGGCAAAAAGUCACGGUAGGGAGCGACAGGGAGAGAGGGCGUACCGCCAAGGACGAAACUUGACUAUGACCAUGGCAAUACAUGUACAUGUAUCACCUAUCAAUGUUUUCCUCAGCAGCUGGUGGUGUAAUGAAUGCUCUUUCGGUUAUUCGGUAACUUCCCGGCACGGGCGAGGACAAAUAUGGAUCCCCACGGGUGGGUGAUCUUUGGGUAUGACAGUGCUGCCCCACCGAGAUCUGGCCAUUCCCGCCUCAUACGUACACAGUAUAUGCUCCCCCCUCUCGACAAUGUGGAAUAGGCACAUAUUACAUGUAAGCCGUCUGAAAGCGACAAUGAAGGCCGACAUAUCGCGUCCGGAAAUUCAAAGAUGUAUGGAUAACAGGAAUGAGACAAAAGCCCUAAAAAUCCCAAUAGGGGAGUUUCGCACACAACAACUGCUUGAAGCACUGCGCAGAAACAUAGACACUGUGACCGCAGCUAAAUGUGCUAAUGGUUACCACUUCGUGCAAACUUACCUGCCAAGAUGCAAAAUGUUUAAAUAGAGAGUUUAUUGAGGGAUAUAAUUGACUAAAAUCCAGGCCAAAUUUGUUUGAAUUUAUAUUAUUUUAUUGAAAAUCGAUUUUUGUGCAUUAAAUGUAAGGAACACGCAAUUGAUCGUACAAGCGCAUUAAUGUUUGUCCUUCGUAAGGCCGUCCAGGAAUGCUACUGAAUUGCAAACAGUGUCAUAAAAAAUAUUUUAUGAAUAGUGUUUGCACUUUAAUGUUUGUUUUAUGUCCCUACUGACUUUUAAGAUGGGGUUAAUGACUUUGAUGCUGGCGUUAACGAAAGUAUAUCUUUCUCUUUUGUAUGCCGAAUGACGCAUAUGAAUGCCCAAAAGUCUUAUUGAAUGUUGAUUAAAAUGCAAAAAUCGUAAUUGAAUCUGAUUUAUGCGCAAAUGUUCGUUUUUUCGCGUCCAUGAAUGUAUCUUAACGCUACUGGUCGCCGUUUCACGCAAACGAAUGCGUAUUUUCUCGUAAUGAACAGCAAAAGGUGUACUGCUUAGGUCAUCACUCACUCUUUCAAUCAAUACAUUGACCGUGAGCAUAGAACAUCUCAGUGUCACAUGUACUUUUAAAAACUUUAGCUACAAUCAUUGUCAAAAGUGUUGGGUAGGCUACUUUUUUACGUCUUUUUUUCUUUCCUUCUCCCGCCCCUUGCCCAAUGUUGAGGAAAACGUUAAUGUUUGUGCACGUAAUUGUUCUGUUAUAUCCCAACAUUGAAUAUAGGGUCGGGGGAUAUUUAGGAAAAGAGAAACUCUCUUUUUUGAGGAUUAAAAUGGACUACUGUUAAAUUGUGCAACCUUCCCAACUACGUUUGUCUGGGAGUGUAGUUGCCUUUGUCAGCACAUCUAGCAAUCUGUUAUUACUUGGGCAGAGCGCCAAGUAAAGGAUUUGCGACGCCCAGGGAUGUCCCAAAGUUGCUGCCUUAUGUCCCGAAGUGAGAGCGGAAUUAGUUUGGAUAUCUCGAGAUCACUUUGAGUUGUCUGAUUUAUUCUUUGUUCGAGGAAGAAACAAUAAUUAUUUUUGGCUUGUCCUGGGUUUGAACCGGCUCACCUGUGACCCGUCAUAUCAGUGAGACUCUAAGUUGAGGGAUUAGCUGAAUGCGCGACUGUGACCCAAGGUAGUGAAAAAUGGAUAUAAAAUUAUGCAUUAGCUUCGGGUCAAGUUAGUGACUUUUCGGCAUGUUUCUGCUACAAUAAAUCUUUUAAUUUAUUCGAGGAAUAAUAAGUUACUUGUUUUGGCUUACCCGGGGUUUGAACCGACUCACCUGCCACCCGUCAGAUCAAAGGGUAUCUAGAAAACGCAUGUCCCCGAAAACACAGACCGUAGACCGUAGACCUCAAAAAACGCAGACCUCGAAAAUGCAGACCACGAAAACGAAGACCUCGAAAACGGCAGAACUACGAGUCUUAUUUAAGACCUAGACACAUUUGGUGAAAACAACCAACUUUGCUUUUUUUUUCUGUUUGAUGUUUAACUAUACUGGGUUUGAGUUCGGUGCCAAUAUGGCUGGACAGGCAACAGUCGAACACACUCGAAAUGGAGAAGUGGCUACCAGUUCAUAACAUUUGUUGGUAGUCGUGUGGGUUCGCAAUUCUUUGAGCCAGUUUAGGUUAGGAUUUCCAAGGAAAAGUUCCAGCUAUUUGCAUACUGGACAACAACGUCAACUAUGGCUCCAAUCUUUUUCACCCAUAUCAACCAACCAAAAGUUAACAACAUUGCGGCAUUCACACGUGCCGGACACAAAAAAAUCCUCUCAUACGCCUGAUACAAGGACGCCCAAGUGUACGCUCUGAUAGCGUCUUGUUUCUUUUUGAAAUCAUUGUUACCAAACUAAACUCUGUUUGGUCACUGUUCCUAAUUAAAGGGAUAAAACCUUGAAAUUUUUUUUGUUUCACAAUCGUAUAUCAUUAGCUUCAGUCCUAAUUUAUUAUGGUAACUAUCUAGUAAACUGAAAAUGUGCAUCAAUCUGAUUUAGGGGUGCAUUUGGUCAUUCAUUUCUUAUUACAGAUCAGCCUGAAUUCACUAAACACCCACAGAGUCAGACUCUGGUGCAAGGAUCAAGUGUAACCCUUUCAAGUGAUGCAAAUGGUGUUCCUGAACCAACAUUUACUUGGACCAAAGAUGGAUCUGCAAUAAUUGCCAACAAAAGAAUCAGUUUAUCAGCAGAUAACAAGCAACUGAGCCUGACAAAUAUGAAUAGUACAGAUACUGGAGAAUACAGAUGUGUGGCUACCAACAGUGUGAGGACAGUUUACUCCAAUGCUGCAACGUUAACAUUACAAGGUUAG